CCAAACACAGGCUGGGCUGUCGGUUUCCAGGCCCUUAGAUGUAGAUCUGAUGAUCAAGAAAGUCGCACUCAAGAUGGUGCGACACUUCAGCUCAGCCGAUGAGUCAACAGGCCACAGUGAGGUGACUGGCGGCUAGUUGGGACUUAACUAACGAUGGACACACUGACGGUGUUCUGCUCCGCCUGUGGGGCGCUGAGCAGUGGUGUUGAAGGCACAUCCAGUCGCUGCCCUGCCAAUGGUGGGUGAGCUGGCACAUCAAGCAGAGAGAACAGGCAGAGUGUUGUCUGUGUCAACUAACUUGUGUGUGGUGCAGGUGGCGGUGAUCAUGAAUUCACGCUGGCCACCAGCGGUGACCGAGCCUUCAAGGAUAACUAUGGUGACCUGCCUAUGCGCGAGGCGCCCUUCUCCUUGGAAGACAUCAUCAUACGUACGUCAGCCGCACAAACGAAUCUCGCCCAGCCCACAAGCAUUGAUCGAUGCGAUGCAUGGGUUUGUGUUGGGCUGUCCGCCUCUGCCUGUGUGCCUCUCUCUCCUCAGGCACGGCCUCCCCCCAUGUGUCGCCAGCAGGCCAUGCCCUCGUUCCGCCCGAGAUGCACACACAGGAGCAGCAGCAGCAAACCGAAGACCAGCAGAUGCCGCCCUUCAAGAGUGACUCGUUUGCGCAGACCUCACCCAGCAGGCAGCUGCCAGACCCCUUCGAGUUGGAGGCCCCGCCGCCCCCGCCUCCCGCAUUCCCCUCGGUGCCCACCAAGAAGCGCGUCAAACGCUUCGCCGAUCUGAGCGACGAGCGGCUGCUGCACACGGUGGCUGGGGCUGACGAGGAGGCGGAGGGUGCCGAGGACACACCGACCAUGCGCAGCGUGCUCGACAAGCUGCGGCACCUGACGGUCGACCAGAUCGUCACGCGCAUGCAGUCGCUCAAGGGCAAGAGAGGCAGUGGGGUGGCCUCCCCCGAUGUCCUCGUCAAUGUCCUGCGGCUCAUCAGCUCUUCUGUCGAGGGCCAUGACGCACCUGCACCUGCACCUGCUCGUGGGCCAAGGGCGGCGCGCAAGGCUGCCCCGGCACCUUCGCCAGCGCAGCCGACAGCACGCAGCGGCCGGGGAGGAGGGAGUCAGCGGCCACGCGGCCGGAAGAGUGGCACUGGUGGCAGAGUGAGGGGCGACUCGGACGAGCCGAUGCUGCCUGUGGGGCUGGUGGAUGACGUAGAGGUGGACAAAGAGGAGGACAAGAUGCCUCGUCAGCCUGCUGUGGAGACCGAGAGGCGACCACAGGAACUGCCUGAGGAUGUGAGCACAUAAACAAACCAUACCCAGAGAGAGAAAGGGUGCCGUCCGAUGACCUGCGUGUAUGUGUGUGUGUGUGUGUGUGUGUUCUCUUCUUCUUCUUCUUCUUCUUCUUCCUCUUCUUCUCUUCAGGUGGUGGUGUGUCAGACGCCCAGUGAGGCCUCCCACCGCGACCCCGCCGGCGCGAGAGAGGAGCCCAAAGAGCCAAAGCACGACUCUGAGCCACCAGAGCCGAACCAAAUGGACGACCUCCCUGACGAGCCCGAUGAGUUGCCGCCCUCGCCGGGCGACUCGCAACCACCACCACGACCCGAUGACCCAUCCCCGCCACCAGCAGAAGCGGCACCAGCAGCACCAGCGCCCCCACCCGCUCCACCGGCUGUCGACCAGGCGACCAAGGAGAAGAGCGACCAGCGAAGAGAAGGGGGGCCGGCUGCGACAGAGCAGCUUGUCGAUCCUCCUCGCGACCAGCCUCGCCAGACUGACCCAGAGCAGCGCGGAGGAGACCUAUGCAACACAGGCAUGGCCGAGAAGGAUGAGUCAAGGCAGGCCAAGGAGGACGCGGCCCCCAUGGGCGAUGAGGGUCUUCCAGCUGGUGGGUCGCUGGCCGACCAGACGCCCAACCAGCAGCCAUCUGCGAGUACAUGUAACAAGACGGAGGAGGGGAGGGAUGUCAGUCCGUCCGACAAGGCCGCAGCCAACCCACCACCAGCACGACGCGACGAUGGCCAAGGAGAGGAGGAAGAGGUGGGCGAGGUCGAGAGCCCAGACGAGCCCACCCCAGCCGCCACUAAGCCGCCGUCGCCAGCCCGAGGUGAGGAGAAGGGUAAGAGCCGUGAGGAGUCCAAAGCCACCGAGGAGCCUCCAGCGGCAGCCGCCACUGGUGCGUCACCGCCGUGCAGGGACGACAAGAAGGCAAAGGAUGGCGAGCAGCGUGGAGGGGAGAGCCACACAGAAGCCAAGCAGGAGGAGGAGCAGCAGCAGCAGGACCAGCAGGUGGCACGCUCUCCUCCCGCAAUACCUGUGGCCCCGGCGGUGUGUCUCAACGACGAGGCCAUGCUCGACGAGGACAUGACCCCCGCCGCCGCACCCGCUCCACCACCAGCCAAGCCACCUUCCCCUCUGCCAGCCGAGCCACCCCGCGAGCCAACUCCACCUGCAUCACCCGAGAAGGGCCCGGCAGCCAAACCACCUCAAGACACUCACACGGCCAACCGAGACAAGAAAGAGGACAAGAAGGGCACCGAGGAUGGGCAGAAGGGCCCGGCUGCGUCAGAAGAGGAGAGCCCGGCGGGUCAUGGAAGGGCUGGCAGCGGUGAUGGGAGUGUGAGGGAGAGCGAGAAGGACGACGGUGGCCGUUCUGAGGUGCAGAUGUCGGUGGAUGGGGGCGAGAGCACGGGACGCAACGAUGACAGGGACGGGGACAAGGACAAGGACAAGAACAAAAAGAAGAAGCGGGCGAGGGGGCCAUCGCCGCCUGCGGACCUAUUCGACGGGUGGGUGAGGGACACCACACCACACAGCACACACGACCACACGGACACAUGAAUGAGCAACACGCGCCUUCCUGUCCUCCCUGUUGUAGGUACACCCCUCAGCUCAUCUUCACAUCAGUACGUCGUCGCGAGAUCAAGCGCCGCGACCCCAACGUCCCCCCCGACCAGCUGCACGAGCGUGUGUGCAAGUCAUGGGAGGCCUUCCAGCAGCUGCCUCAGCACGAGCAGCAAGAGUUCACAAGCCAACUGGAGGCCUGCCGGCUGGGCAACCCCCACAUCCCACUCGCGGCCUUCUUCAGCAACCAGCCGGUCAUCACGCCAAUCGAGCAGCGGGAGAGAGAGCAACGGGGAGAGGGUAAGGGCGAGCCGGCGGCUGCUGCGGCCGCUGAGAGGCCGAGGGCUGCCACCAAGCGCGGACCGUCCCCUUCUGCCGCCCCUCCAUCUGACCGUGCUGCAAGCGCUGCGUCGGCUCCAGACGACCAGCAGGACAAACCGGUGAAGAAGAGGAAAUACCGGUCUCGCGAGGUGCCCCCCGCCCCCCUCCCCUCUCUCCAGCUUCCGGGCAUCGCAAGUCGGCGGAGCCCUCCAGGCCGCGACGACGAAUCGCCACAAGUAGGCGUGGGUUUCCUGCGAGCCCAUCUGAAGCCCGAGGGUGCGACCGUGCGUUAUCGGCCGAUGGUGCUGGACUACAGCAGCAACGGCGGUGGGAUGGUGCGGGGCAGUUUGAGUGUGGAGAAGUACCGUGGCAAGAGGGGAGCAGGGAGUGGGGGUGGGGCGGGCAAGGGGGCCGCUGCUAGUGCAGCUGCUGCUGUGGCUCUGGUGAGAGAGCUGAGUGCGUGGGACUGGUGGAUGGGCAAAGACAAAAACACCGCCACUGCUGGUACGUACUUACGGGGAUGGGGAGGGAGAAAACGACCACAGCACGAUUGAUUGUCUCAUUGCGCUGCGCACGUUCUCCUUGUCUCUGUGUGUCUGUGUGGGUCAGGUGCGGCUGUGCAGUAUGCGUACAAGACGGCUCCCACGGCCUACACGGCCUGGUGGGACGCCAAGGUCAUCGAGGCAAACCACGCCAACAUACACAUACGAUUCAGGACCGCAGCCAACGCACCAGCACAGGUCAGUCAGCAGCAGACCCCUCCACCCUCAUGCUGUAGGCAUCUGUUGUGUCACGUGUAUGCAGACAAGGUGGCUGACGCGUGAGCAGUUCCUGCCCUGCUCAGUGCCCGUGCGCGACCCGCCAGAGGGCGUGUUCCGCAUCACGCCGCCAGGGGUGGAGAGGGACGCCUCAGAUCUCUACGUGGGUGCGUGCGUGUGUGUGGCCAACGAGGAGAACACACUCGAGCUGUACGAUGCGGUAAUCCUGGACGUCUUCCGCGACGGCGGGGGACGCGACAAGUGAGUGAGCCAGAACGUGGCCAUGACAGUGACGCAUUCUCUCCAUCCAUGGAAUCUUCUUUCUCUUUCCUUCUCUCAGCGGGCCAUCUGUGAAGCUCUUCUACUUCGUCGAUAAUGGCAUCGAUGACCGGCUGAAGGCCUCCUACGUGCGGCACAAGCUGCCCUACGAGCUGCACCCCUCGCCCCUCUCUCCCGCCCGCGACGCACCCAACCAGCAGGCGGCCACGCCCGACGAGAGUUACGACUGGACGGUGCCGCGGCCGUGCGACACGCCCAAGAACAAGGAGGGUCCCUCCAUCAACAUGACACUCAUACCUUACUGGAUCGACUGCCCGGCGUCGGCACACGUCUGGCGGCACGUCGAUGCGGCCAUUGUGCUGCCCAAGGGCGCACAGCCGGCCAUCCCCGACCUCUGCGGACAGCCAGGCGAGAGCAACAACAGCAAGAGGGAGGAGGGAGGUGGUGCAGACGACGUCGGGCGUGAGAGAGACGACAGUGACAGCGACGAGUCGUCGUCAGAGGAGGAGGAGCAGCUACUGGAGAGCCGGCUGGCGAAGCUGCCCAUCAACCUGGACACAGCUGCCGACGGGGAGCCCUCAUCGCCAUCGUCCGAGGAGAGCAGGGAAAAGGAGAAGAAGCACAAGAAACGGAAACAGACUGAGACGAAGAAAGAUAAAGACAAAGCCAAAGGCGAGGGUGGCGGCCGUGACCGUGACGCCCAUCCCAGCCACAAGCCACCCCCCAAGAAACGCAAGAAGGACCAACAAGACGGCGGCAAGAAGUCCUCCCUCUCGCCCCGGUUCGCCGUGUCGCCGCCGCGUGCCAUGGUGCCGGUGAAGGAGCUCAAGCCGCCGCCCAAGAGGCGGCACGAUGAGGGGCAGGGGGAGGGGGCAUCAGACGAGGGUGGUGACAGCAGCAGCCACGCUGACAAGGGCAGACUGGCCGCACCGUCCAUCGGUCAGCAAGCGCACAUGUCUCUAUGACAUGACAUGAAAACACCACACCUACUGAGUUGAGUGUGUCUGUUGGUUGCGUGUGUUCGUAAUGGAUGCAGGUAGCAGCCAGGGCUGCGAGAAGGCUGGUGCGGGUUCGUCUGAGGGCAACUGGGUGCGGCGGAGCAGCCGCAUGUCGCAGCCGCCAAUGGAACGCUUUUUUUCGAGAUGAUAGCUGAGUGAAAGGUGCGUAAUACGGAACGAAUGGAUUAUUGCAUUGAUAUCGAAUCGAGACCAGGGAUGGAUGAUUUCUGUGUCUAUUAUCCGAGUGCUGCCGUGUGUGUUACCUUCUCAUUGCAUUGCGUGUGUG